GCCCGGCCCAGGCCCAGCCCAUAAAACUUUACGUCUUCUCUCUGGUUCUCGACUUGUGAACCAACAAACGGUGAGACACGACCAGUUUCUCGUUCUCUUCCACUCUCUUCCUCGUACUCCACAACCAGAUUCUCCACCUCUUGACGACUGUGGUUUGCACCACAGGCCGUACGACGGCGACAUUGAGGAAAAAAAAUGGAAAAAUAUUUCAAAAGAAAAAGAUCACCAACAACUGAUAAUGCUGGUAUUGAUGGAAAACCUUCAAGGGAAGAAAAUUCAUCUAAUAAUAAUAUUAUCCGACCCAAACCCGCUCUUUUAAAGCCUAAAGAAGUUGAUGUGUACCGUGCAUUACCAUAUCGUAGAGACGAUGCAUUGGAAAAGACUAUUCAGAGAAGAAAAUUCUUCGAAACGAUAAAUUUAACCCCGAGUCGAAACGAGGUUCAGAAAGAUAUUGCGAAUGGCUAUGCAAAAGAAGUACUCAAAUCCAUUUUUGAUGAAAUUGGUGACGGUGUGUUUGGCUUGUUAGUUGAUGAGUUUAGCGACGUAUCUAACAAGGAACAAAUAGCUGUGGUUUUGCGAUACGUUGAUGCAUAUGGAAUUGUUAAGGAGAGGUUUGUUGGUCUUGUUAAUGUAACCGAGGCAUCUGGUUCCUCUAUUAAAUCUGCCAUCGAGUCUUUAUUGUUUGAAUAUGGAGUGUGUUUGAAGAAGGUUAGAGGUCAAAGCUAUUACGGAGUAAGCGAUAUGCAUGAGGGGUUUAGUGGUUUGAAAGAUUUACUCAUGAGCGAAAGUGGCUCGGCAUAUUUUGUACAUAGUUUUGCUUAUGAGCUUGAGUUAGUUGUGUUGCAAGUUGCUAAAAAGAACUUUGGUGUUGCGAAAUUCCUUGACAUGAUCGCCGUUAUGAUGGAUGUGGUUUGUACUUCUUGCAAACAAAAGGAUAUGACUCGAGAGAGUCAGAUAGAGAAAGUGAAGAAGGCCAUCGGUAUUGGUGAAAACAAAGAGCUUAUAAGAGAUGGAGAUACACGAUGUGGUUCUUCUUUUAAAACACUGUGUAGUUUGGUUCAUUCGUUUUCAUCUUUUGUUGAGGUGUUUGAAUAUAUUGAAGAGGAAGGCGACAAUAGUUUAAGUCAACGUCAAGCGGAUGCUCUUCAGAGAUAUUUCAAAUCGUUUGAUUUUGUAUUUUAUCUUCACUUGAUGUUGGACGUUAUUGGGUCGACAAGUGUAGUGUCACGCGUUCUUCUAAGAAAAGAUGUUCACAUCUCGAAUACGAUUUCAUUGGUAAAAUCAACCAAGAGUUUAUUGCUAAAGCUUCGUUUGGAGGGGUUUGAUUCACUUUUGGAGAAGAUCUCUACUUUUUGUGAAAAACAUGAUAUCGAAACGUUGAACUUGAAUGACGAUUAUGUUAAUCCAAAAAACCACAAACAAAAGUGCAAUAUCACCUAUCGUCAUCAUUAUGAGUUUAACUGUUUUAACACCGUCGUGGAUAUGGUAAUUCAAGAAUUUGAUGUUCGCUUUAGCGACGAAAGCUGUGAGUUGCUUAUUUGUAUGGAAGCUUUGAGCCCGUGUGAUUCAUUCAAGAAGUUUGACGCAUCAAAGUUAUUGAGGUUGAUUGAGAUGUAUCCAAAUGAUUUUAGUACCGCGGAUAGGUUGACUGAAUAUCAACUUGGCAAUUACAUUCGCAAUGUAAAAAAGGAUGAAAGAUUUGCCAACUUGAAUAACAUCGCCGAUCUUCUUAAAGUGAUGGUGGAAACAAGGAACCAUCUUUCUCACCCGUUAGUCUAUCGAUUGUUGAAGCUAGCAUUGGUUUUGCCGGUUACACCCGCAACUGUUCAGAGAGACUUUUCUGCAAUAAAACUUAUGAAGACAAAUUUGCGCAAUCAAAUUGGUGAUGACCUUUUGAAUGCCUGUUUGAUUUGUGCUGUAGAAAAACAAGCACUUGCCAACCAUUGUUACAAAUGGUGAUGUAAUGAAUGGCCAUGUAGAGAUUUUAUGAUGGUUCCUUUUAUUCUUUACCAUCUUGAUUUGUGUUUGGAUUACAUGUGACUUAAGUUUUUGUC